GUACUGCGAGAGGCGUAUUUUAUUAGUGCAGAUGACAUGAAGUAGCUGGCUAGUUCCAACGGCAAUCGGCCGACGACCGAGCGUCUGAUGCGAGUGAAGUUAACCGCAGAGUAAACGAACGGGGCGCGCGCCUCCAUCGCACUGAACUAAGCCCCAAGCGUCAUUCAGUUUACUACAAUCGCGCGACGACCCUGUAUGUCGUUUCACGAGUUGUUGUGACCCGUGUAUAUAGUGUUAGUGGAAUAACAUAACAGCAAAUUGUUUGGUGCUGUGUUAAUAGUGCUGUUGUGCAAUACUGCUGGUGCGACGGCUCCCAUUCACUUGUUGUGAUGCAUUUGAGGAUAUAUCUAUGGCUGUCUUGUGUAGCCCUCGCAGGAUAUGUACGAGCGACAGAGAACAGUGUCAUCCCCACGCAAGACUUGACACAGGAAUACAUAGACGAUGAUGGAUCAGGCUUAGAACCUGACGAGAGCUCCGGCUCCGGUUGGGGCGCAGGUCCAGGAGUUGACGACGAGGACGGCCGAGGAUCAGGUGACACGCCACCCGGGGACUCAGAUGACGAAGACUACUUCGACCCAACAACAAAAGCUCCCACCACCCCGGCACCCAUCAACCCGGAUACCACCCCAGUACCUAACACCCCGGCGCCCAAUACCCCAGAAAUCGAAUCCGUGGAAGAUCCCAACUAUGACAUCAUGGAUGCGUUCGGAAAGUUCACGCCAGUCAGUGAAGAUACCACGACGCCCCCUACAGACAAUCAGAUCGAUGUAGUCAUUCCUCGCGUGGCCAAACCAAGUGAAGGUAGCCCAGACGUGGUCGUCGGUGGCGCGAGGGACACGCCACCCUCGCGCCCAGAGCAAACUGACAUCAGCAUCUCUGGUGAAGACACCAACCCUGAUACUGAUCACGAGUCAGCCGGAUCGAAUAUAGAGUCGGAUUCGCGGCCAGCAGAUACCGACGUCUUCAUCAUGAACGCGAAACCCGAAGACAGAGCCACCAGCUUCUUCGCGCAGCCUGGCAUCCUUGCUGCUGUAAUCGGAGGCGCAGUGGUUGGACUGCUAUGUGCAAUCCUAGUAGUCAUGUUCAUAGUGUAUCGUAUGCGCAAGAAGGACGAGGGCUCGUACGCCCUCGACGAGCCAAAGAGAAGCCCCGCCGCUGCAUCCUACGGGAAGGGACACAACAACCGGGAAUUUUAUGCGUGAGACGACACCGAAACCACAACACCACAAGUUUAUUAGUCAACCAACCAACCGAGACUGGACAUAGCCAAUGGACAAGUCUCAAUUGGAACGAAACUUUUUUAAAAAUUUGAAUUGGUAUUGCGUUCCAUUUCACGCACUCUUCAAUACACAAUCACUUAUUUCGUUAAUGUAACGAAAUCUUUAUCUCCGGCCUUGUGCGUGAACGCCACCUUCCACAAUGCUAUUUUACAAUUUUAUUGUUUCAAUACGAACAUACAUAAUGUACGGAUUGUACUGUAAAAUGUACAAACUUGGUACAUUUAGUAAAGUUUGUCUUAACGAAGAGUCAGAAUGCAAAUUAAGGGGCAGUGAAAUGUUAAAAUGAAUUAUCAAUUUGAAGACCAAAUUUUAUAUGUAAAUUCGUGAGAUAAUGUUUCGGGCAUGAACCGGAAAAAUUUGUCUACGCCGCGUAACAACAAGUGAAGCACACAAAGUGAGAAAGCUUACUUGUAUAUACGUGCCUCACUCACACUAACAUGACAUAUUAGCUGCGAAUGCGCAGUCUGACAGCGUUGUAAUAGUUGUAAAUUUUAAGUAAAAAUAUCACACAUGCAUAUUUUUUUGUGGUGUGGUCACCAAAGCUUCACUUGUGUGCACAAUGAGGCGACGCGCGAUUGUUUUUCACGUAGUUUUCAGUAACAAUAUACCCGAGUGUUGCUAUGAUAUUCUUCAAGCUUCGAGACCAAUGUUGUUUGAAUGUGGAAAUAUCAUUGUUUGAUAACAUUUGAUGCUGCAUGAAAGAUCUAGUGUGUUUUCUGUAAAAAAAUCAAUGUGCCAUCUGUUUUUUUUUUAACUGUAAAUUGCCAUUUUCUCUUCGCAUAGACUAAUUUAUAAAGUCAAAAUUUAAGCGUAGAUUACGUCCAUAUCUACUGAUUCUUUUUGUAUGUAUAUAAAAUAAGAGCAUGUGUAAUGUAUAUUAAGUCUUCAGGUGUGUUGAAAUAUUAUUGCUUCAAUUUUAUCAUCGAAAUUAUUAAACAAAAUAUUUCUAAAUUUUUGGCUGUUAUUUACAUGAAUGGUUUGCUUAUUUUUUGACAUUAAAAACAAAUGUUAUGUUCCUUUCAUGCCUAGAUAGGUAUUUUUUUAAUUAGUCUUAUAAUAAUAUCUUUAUUAUGUAAUCAAUUGGGUUUUUACGAUAUUUUAAGUACUUUAGUUACAUAAAUUAAUUUUUUGGCUAUGAAUUGAUAAAGGAAUUAAUUAUUUUUUAUUUAUAUCCUUUUUUAUGUGUUAUUAGUCUUUCGAUAGUUAUUAAAACUUUCAUUUUGAAAGUAUAAUAACAUGAAAGCUUAGUUCGUUCAUGUGUAAUUGGUAUGUUUUAUGUAUUUUACAAUAAAUACGUAAGUAUAUAAUGUACCUACUAAUAAGCAACGCUUUCUUUAUUUAGAAUCAAAUAGUUAUCUUAGUAAUUUUAUAUUUAAUGAAAUGUCAACCAACCGUAGUCUAGUGUUCAUCAAUAAUUCGAUUUUCUUUUUAGAUUUAAUUUAAAAGGCCCUACGUAAUAAUAGUGGCAACAUUGCGAUAUCCUAUCGAAUUUUGUUUAUGUCGUUAUUUUAAAAUUGCACCCUUUUAUCGAAAUGUUUUUCUAAUCGUUUUAACAUAAUCAUGAUUAUUUUUUUUUAAGGAAAGAAAUUUAAAAUGAGAAUUCAAAUUACGUUUGGUUUUAAACUUCGAACUUAGCCUAACAAAUCAAGCUAACGUCCUAAGUAAACACACAAGAUAUUUUUUUAUUGUAAUUAACGUAAAAUUGAUUACAUUUGAUUACAGUUAGUGGCACAAUAUAAAUGAAAUACAAAAUUUUAAGGAUAUCGCAGCGUCUUUGUCCAGAAGGGCCUCUUGAUAGCUUUUAAACUAGGUUGUGCAACGAAAAACUAUAACCUAAUUUUUAUUGUUUUUCCAUAUAAUAGAUAAUCAUGGUUUAUCUAUUUACCUGUUGUGCCAUCUCAUUUAUAAGAUUUCUUUUAAUUCAGCCUACAGCUUUCGAAACGGUAAUGCAUGCUCUAUCAUAAAUUAUUGUUAUUAACUUUUAAUAAUUUAUUGCUGCUAAGGAGGUCAAUUAAUUUAUGCAUAAAUUAUGGAAUAAAAUAAGAUUAAUAAUCAGUGUAUUUAUUUUAAUUAUCAAUAAAACUGUUGAUAAUUAGAAUAUUAUUCGCAGAACGCGAAAACGAUGUUAAUUCCCAUCGAUUGUCUUGUCAGCCUAUAAAAAUGUAAGAAAACCAUACAACGUGUAUAAAAAUAAUUAUAAUACCUAUAAAUUAUUUCUACACACAUAUCCCAGUUACUGAAAUUUUAAAAGAGUAUAUGCUUAUUAAAUAUUCCAUUAUUUGUUAAAUGCUCUUGUAACAAAAUGGGGGAGCCACUAUCUAUGCAAGUAAUAACGUCGAUAAAUGAACUUACUUCUUGGCAAGUGCUCAUUAAAAUUGGAUGGAUAAUACCGAAAUACGCUAAUAAAGUACGUAUCGAAACAUUUCAUGAGUAAAAAAUGGUUUUAACAAAAUACAUGUAAAUUGUAUUAAGUCUGAAGACAGGCGUAAAUAAAUAGACUUUGUUUCAGCUUAUGUCAAUUUUUAUAGACUAAAACAAAUUAAAAAAUAGAACACAACAUAAAAACAUGAAUUCUAUCAAUUGUAUAUAAUUUAGAGUAAAUAUAUUGCAAAUCUGCAUCGGGCGAUUUUUUCCGUACAAUUGUGUGAACACGAGAAAAAAUCGCGAAAAAAUCGCGCAUUGAACAUUCACAAUGUAUUUUAACCGUUACACCUAUUUAUUUUUAUUUGAAAUGGCAGCUAAUUUAAGCAAUUUACAUAUGAUACAAUCAAAUUCACAAUACAUUCCUUGCGGUUUCAUUAAUAAAUUUGAAUAAGCUGUAGAGGGCCUAGGCUCGCCUAGUAUUAAGGAUUUGUACAUUGUAUUUGUAAAUUCUUUUAGAUUUUAAACUAAAUAACUAUGCCUACAGUAAAUAUAUCCUAUAGUUAAUUACAUUUACCUACGCAGACAACAGAAAAUAAAUUUUGUUACUACUUAUUUUCUGCGCACUUGAAACAUGCGAUGUUAGUACAUGAGACGGUGACCAGAUGUCGCUAAUGUGUUAUACUCCUAUAUUUUGUAUCCUAAUAAACGAAAUAUGUAUCCCUUUAUAAAGAGUCUCAUCUGGAAUCUGUCUUACAUUUAGAGUAUAUUAAAAUGUAUCAUUUUCAUGAAAGUAGCUUUGUAUAUUAUAAAUUAUAAUAAGUAAUGCUAAAAAAAUAAUAUCUAAUAAUUGGAAUAGUUGCCGAAUGAAAAAAUGCCCCAAAUAUGUAUAUUGUUUGAGGGAUUGUAAUCAUCAUUAUGUACCUACCUAUAUUUUUCUAUUAAUUUUUAUUAUAUACUUUGGAUAUUAUUUUCAAUAUUAUACUCGUAGGUAUCUUUAAAUACAUGACAAUAUUACGUUACUUUUAAAUAAGACGUGUAUAAUUUUUAAUUUAAAAUUUCAUUUUAUUAAAAUCCAAAUCAAUUAUUCGCUUCAAAAAGCAGUAAGUAUUGAUUAUUAUCAAUUUAUCAUCAUACUUACUGAAGCUUUGUGUAUACAAAUUAAGGUUUUUGGUCACUAAACAAAAUUAAACAAGAAAAACCAUUCGAUAAUUUAGAAGUUUUGCUUGAAAUUAUCAUUAAUUACAAAAUAAUCAACAAAAAUCUCUAGUCGCGUUCCUAGCGCCAUCUAGUAUUUCUUGUCUAAGUGUGUUCAGUGACCAACCAGCUUAAUAGUUUUGUAUACGCAAUAUAUGUAUGAUUUUUUUUAAUAAGUCAAAUAACGUUGGUUGUUUACGCCUGUUAGUUUAGGUUAGGCUAUACAAAAUGGAUGUCCACCUUGUAAAUAGUGCUCCUUUACACAUAGGUAAAUAUACAGGUCAUUAUGAA